AGUUUUAUUGGUUAAAUGAUUAGUCUACAAUCAAGGUCUUAUUCAUAUUUCUAUACUUUCGAAUACUUGAUGAAAGCAGUCGACUAGUUUAAAGUUUCGAAAAAAAAAAGAACUAAAAACAUAGCAAAACUCACUAAAUGUCUAUAAGAUAAUGAAGUGCUGUAGUCGUUCCACAUUUGGAAUUUAUAUUGGUUGCAUUUAUAUACUAUUCGACACAGUUGGUCUUAUAUUUUAUUGGUAUCUAGAUGAUGCGUUUGCGGCCAGAUUCAUAUUUUCCAUAAUAUAUAUAUUAUUGGUCUGUAAUUCUAGUUUUUUAAUAGUGGGCAUUGUAAAGAAACGUUACAAAUUGAUACAACCCUGGUUGAUACUAUAUGGACUUAUACUCACUGUCAUGUGUUUAUAUUUCUUACAUAGUAUUACAUUAUCUACAUGUGCACUAAUGUACAUGUUGGCUUUAUUGGUCAUAGGACUUUUUGGUCUAACAUUGGGGCGCAUCUACAAUUUGUAUCGUGAUAUACGCAUUCAAAAUAUUGAAAACACUUGUAAAGGACAACGAAUAGCUAAAGAAUGCACAAUAGAGUUAAUUGUGUAAAAUCGGUUAAUUUAUCUUUUUAUAUUCUUGUUAGACACUUCUAAGAGCUUUUAGAGAUUCUGUUUAGAAUCCAUCAAAUAACAGAUAUUUAUUUCUUUAACUAAAAAUAUAUUUUUAUGAAAUUUUUAUGUCGAUGAUUUCAUACAAAAUAA